AUGUGUUAUGAUGUCGUUUACUACCCUCACAUAACUCCCAAUGCUUGUCAAUUUAUAUCUCUUAUUAACAAUUCUGCAACAAUUUUACGCGAUUUUGCUACUUGUCACGACGAUUUCACACUAAAACCCGCUGAUGGCAUUUUGAAGGACCACACUUUCACCUGGUUGGGGUUUGUUCAAUACAUGCAUGUUACAACAGGAUUACCACACCACAGUAAAGCUCCGAGAGUCGUUCUCGUUCAGAAGCAAUUCGUUAUAGGGACCGCUACGGACCUAUUGCAUUUACCAAAAAAUUAUAAACUUGGUAGCAUCAUAUUUGGUGAUUACGAACGUGAUGAAGAAGAUUGCGGCCUUUCAAUGCAGCAGACAAAACUGGGUAUACAGUGUCCUCGUGCUUAUAUUGAAAUGCCACUGCUAGAAAUCACUCCUCAUCCAGAGUUCUCCAGAUUUGGUGUAGGCAAUAGUUUAGCAUUGGUAAAACUUCUGCGUCCAAUGAAAUCAUAUUACAUGAUACCAAUUUGUUUGCCUUCUUUAACAGAAAGGCAAAGGCAACGAAAAAACAAAAUUGUUUUUAUGGUUGACUACAUAAGCACUGUACCAAGAGAUUUUGAUUCGGAGAAAAUGGGCAAAAAAACAUUAAAAAUGUAUACUCACAAGGACUGCAAAAGACAUCGAAUGAAGACAAGGUUAGGCAGCGAAGGUGUCACGCACGUACUGUGCAGUUCCGGCUGCGGGGUCCGUCCGGGGGCUCCUAUCGUGAGCCAAACUGUUGACGGGGCCUUUGAAUUGAUUGGCAUUGCCGCUGGUGGUGGUGCCUGCUCCCGAAGAUCUAUGCGACGGCGCCUCAAUAGAGAACCUCCACUGUACAUCGAUGUAUACCCAUACUCCACAUGGAUAAUCAAUGUUAUCACGGCUCAUCAAUUACCGCAACCAUAUCCACAUAACUUUAUGUUGCUAGAGGGAGGAUCUAGUGUUAGUGUCCAAAAAGGCAAUUUCUUAAGAAAAAGAAAAGUCCAAAAACAAGGGUGGCGUGCUCGCACAUACGUAUCGGGUAACACCUGUUAUAAGAGCCUGAAAAAACAACGUCUUGCUUCAUUUUUCUAUUCAGAGAAAUUUGAAGUAAACGCUGAUCCGCCUGCUAAAAUGAACGUAAUUAUUAAGAUAUCCGCAGGAAUAGAGUGUACAAUUGUUUGUGCUCGAUUGAUGAUGCCAAAUCGUCUCACAACUCCGUUAAUAGAGGGUGUCGGCGGGUACAAUAUUACUAUUUCAUUCUACACUGAAUGGUUUCCCUACAGGUUUUAUUUUUCCGUAGGCCUCACUGGCAAAAAUACAACGGAAAGAGACAAAUUGAAUUGGCUCGGAGAACGUAAGGCAGGUUUCUGGUGAUGAAUUGAUAGAAACAUAGUUCUACUAUUACUGCAUGAAUAAAUCAAAUUAAACAUACUAAGAAGUCCUAUUAUCUGUAAUAAUAUUCAUUUUGUAUAUAUUGAAUGAUUACAUAGUGGAAGAUUUUGUACCUGCACAUAAACAAAAUUAUGUGAAUACUUCUGGAAGACCAUUAAAGACAAUGUUAAACCAAAACUAUUACAUCAUUAUAUUAGCCUUCUGGCAUCCUUUCUUCACUACAUAUGUGUAUAGUAUAGAUCUCGCUUAUGGGCAAUUAUUUUAAUUCCUUUGUAACUUCAAAAGCUAAACAUUUUAUGUUCUCAUUUCACGAAAUGUACAAUAUUUUAACGAUAUGUUAUUUGUAAUAUAUGAUACAUGUGUAAUAUUUACAGAAAAAGUGCCUUCAAUGUCUAAUAUUUGAUAAUAAUAGCAUAUUUGUCUUAAAUGUAUAGGUAUCAUAUAUGUAUAUGUACGUAGAUUUUUUUUAUACGUAGACAGCUUAU